UCUCAAAAAUAAAUUAUCUUUCACAUUGUAAGCUCAAAAUUUUCCAAGUCUCCAUUUCGAAAUCUUAUCGCUGGGGCAAGAUUCCUGAAAAUUAAUUCCAUUCGAAAUAAGGACAAGCGGCUGGAAGAGUCGAAAGAAGAACAAGUUUGAAAUUCAUUAGUCAAUAUCAAUAUCAUCUGGGUUUCUUUUUUGCCUGAUUUCGGUUGCCAUAUUGUUGCUUAUUCAAGAUGAUGCGUUGUGUGGUACAUGUGAACACGCCAGUCAACAAACUAAGCGAUGGUUUCAGGAAUCAGCUGACGACUAUGCUUUCAAAACGAUACAAUCUUGAAAGAGGGAACAUCGUCGUUUUACUUCGAGAAGGUCUCCGUCUUAUGCGAACGGGGACCCUGGAUCCGUGCGGGUAUAUCGAGCUCUUUGGUUGUGAAGGGGUAUUUGAUGACGCAGAGAAGAACAGAGAGGAUACAACGGCUCUUAUUCAGCUAUUACAAAAAGAUUCAGGGAUACCUCAGGCAAGACUCUUCGUACUCAUGAGACCUCAAUGGAGUUCUAACUGGGGACAGAUCGGUGGACAAAGCUUGGUCAUGGAUGCCUGAAACCAUACACUGCAAAAACUCCUGUGUUGAUUUAACACCAGCCCGGAAUCUAUACAUGUCCACACCAGAGAAGUGUUAAACAACACCAGAUUCGUUUUGGUCUAACACCAGAAAGGUGUUUAUACAACACCAAUUAGUAUUAAGACAGCAUCGGUUUGAUUCCAAACUGGUGUUGUUUCAAUACUUCUCUGGUGUGGACAUAUUAUACAUUUUUUUUGGGACGCACUGUAUAGAUUCCGACUUUUUGCAGUGUACUCCCAUAGGAUUCCUCUCCAGACUUCAUGAAGCACUCGUUGAUUCGCUCCAGAUUUCUUCUAUAAAGUUAUUCUCAAUAUAGUUAUUCUAAAUUAUAUAUAAAGUUUGAAAUAAUUAUUGCCCGCGGGAGUAUGAGAUAUGGAAUACCACGGAAAAUGUCACAAAUAAUGAAUAAAUAUGAAGACUCAUACAGGGGUGAUCCCGGGAGCCCCCCCCCCCCCCUUGAUCAUUUUUGGGGGUCACCCCCCCCCCCUCGAAUUUUAAAGUAUGUAAUAAACCUUACAUAUCUUUUGAUCUGUUCACAGAAUGCCCCAUUUGCGCCCAAUAUUUUAUUGUUCAUAUGCCAGGCGGCUAUUUUUAUGGUUAAAGUGAGAAUUGUAUAGUGACUGAAUAUAUUCAGUUCGCUUGCUUCAUUUCUUUGCAUAACUUCGAUUAUACUCGUACAAUUCAAAAUGGAUUGAGUGGUGAUCUGAACUCCCCCCUUCCCUAUCUUGACAGCCACUGAUUAUCACAUAUGGCCAGUUUAACAAGUCGCAGAAGUUGCGUUAUAAAUCUAAAGUUAUCGUUUGUGACAUAAGGCCUUAUUGCUGUAAUUUUCCAGAUGACUCUAAAAUGAUACAGACCAUAAAAUAUAGACGUGUAAAUAAAUGUUGACUUCUUAUGGUGCCCGAUCGAAUAUCAAGUUAUAGUGUGUAAAUGAAUAGUAGGCCUAGACAAUUUUAAAUAUUUAUCUAUUUCAGAUUCAUAAAAUGAUGUAAAUAAUAAUACAAU